UUCCCUCUCCACGCAUACCUAAUCAUUGUUUUCGGAGACAUACCAGCGAUAUCAAUGAUCAUGCGCAUGAAGGGCCACAACGGACUUUCACCAUGCCGGUUCUGUCAUAUCCAUGGACUGAGGACACCUGGCUCUCGGGCCACAACACACUAUGUCCCUUUGUCACGUAAACGGCACCCCGACGUGAUUUCAAACCGGGACGCUGUCAAAGUAUAUAAGCCCGCGGACCUUCCAUUACGCUCGCAUGACGAAUUCAUGAACCAGGCGGAAGCGGUAGAGGGAGCGUCAACCGAAGCGGAACGCGAGCGUUUAGCAAAAUCCUGUGGCAUCAAAGGUGUUCCGCUCCUGAGCUGCCUCACCUCGCUCUCCUUUCCAGCGUCAUUCCCCUACGACUUCAUGCAUUUGAUUUGGGAGAACGUCAUCAAGAAUCUGCUUCUGCUGUGGACCGGGGAAUACAAAGACCUCAACACAGGCUCCGAGGAUUAUCAGCUCGAGAAGAGAGUCUGGGACGCCAUUGGUGAAGCUACCGCAGCAUGCGGAAGUACUAUCCCAUCUGCAUAUGGCCCACGUCAACCGAACAUCGCCCAGGACAAGUCGGGAUGCACAGCUGAUUCGUGGUCUUUCUGGACGUUAUACAUUGGGCCUGUUCUCCUCAAUCGGCGCUUCAAGCACGAGAAGUAUUACCGGCAUUUUAUUGACUUGGUUUCGGUCCUCGACCUAUGCCUCUCCUUCGAGUAUUCUGACGCAGAUAUCCGGGCCAUCGACGAGGGCUUUAUUGCUUGGGUAGAGAUGUAUGAACGGUAA